CUUCUAAUCAGUAGAGCCCACCGCGUCGGUGCACCGGUGCUAUUCAAUCUAUACAUACACAAUACAUGCCCAUAUUUCAAUCCACUCACUGGAAGUCCAACCUCCCGGAGUAUUUGAUCAAUCCAACAACCCAAUUGAAUUUCUCCCAUUCUUUCUUCAAUUCCUCUGUCAACUGAAAGUUUCUUUAAUUACUCUUAUUAUUUUUGUUACUAGACUGAGCAGCAAUGAAAGAUGAAGAAACCCAAACUACAGCACCAGCUGCUACUAGCCAGAAAGAGGGAUUUUGCGGUGGAUUGUUUGGCAGAGGCAGAUACAAGAUUUGGGUUUUGGGUGCAAUAGUAUUGCUUGCACUUUGGUCUAUGUUCACUACCUCUGUUACUCUCAAAUGGUCUGCUGUUAAUCUUAAACACUCUUCAGAUGCCUUGGACUUAUCCAUACAUGGUGAUCUUGACGUUCUGGAUCUCGAUGAAAGGGAAAGGAUGGUUAGACACAUGUGGGAUGUUUACAGUCACAGUACUAGCAUUAGGCUGCCAAGUUUUUGGAGGGAAGCUUUUGAGGCAGCUUAUCAGGACUUGACCAGUGAGGUUGCCAGCAUCCAGGAUGCUGCCAUUUCGGAGAUUGCCAAGAUGUCCUUCCUGUCCAGGGAUAUAUAUGAAUCACCUCCUGUUCAAUCAACCAGGAGGUACAGUACAUCAAAGGAUGAAGUUGCACCACGAAGAUUGUUGAGGAAGACAUGAAGGCAGUAAUAAACACUGUGGAUGUGGAGUUAAGAGGCACGAUGGUCUAUUGUAGUAUCGGAUUUUAAUAUGUUACAUAUUUUGUAUGCAUGGCUCAAGUUUAAUCGUCCUAUGUUCAAUAAUAUAUGAAAUGUGAAGUAUAAAAAGUUAUUUGCAUUAUCAUUGCGAAGUAAUGAUGUGCAUUCAACGUUGAAGAAGUAUAAUGGGUGUGUUAUGCAAUUUCAAGAACAAUUGUAUAUGCUUAGACCAUGAAGUUUUUUUUUUUU